AUCAGAGGCAUCCCACCUCUUGCGAGGGAUAGCGAGGAAUUGACAAUUGUUCCUAUCACAUUACCCUGUCAUCGAUUGAUCCCGCAUAUUUCGAUGAAAAUGGGCUAGUUUCCUCUCGGAGAGGGGUAGGAGACCUGCCACCCCUCUGCCGUUACUGUCGAUGUCAUCACCCCAUGAUUCGUAUCUCUAAAAUCUCAGGUCGCAGAAACAGACGGUCUACCUGUUGAAUCCCCAUUCAAAAUAAUCAACUACAGCCAUGUCAAAAGUUUUCUUCAUCACGGGCGCGGGAAGUGGUAUCGGACGAGUCACUGCACGCGAGCUCCUUCUCAAAGGCUACCGGGUCUUCCUAACUGAUUAUAACGAGGCCUUCCUCGAAGAUACUUGCACUGCACAUCUCCCCUCUGUUGUCCCCGUGGAUAAGCGGGGCAAUUUCCAGUGGGCGCAGAUGAAUGUCUGCGAUCAGGAACAAGUCACCAAAGCCAUUGAGCGGUGUGUUCAAGAGUUUGGAGGCAUCGAUAUCCUAGUAAAUAAUGCAGGAAUCAAUAGCCAAUACAUGCGCGCAGGGAUCAGAAUGGACCAAGUCCCUACGUCAGACUUUGAAAAGAUCCUUUCCGUUAACUUGGUUGGGACAUACCGCAUCUCCCAGGCAGCCAUACCUUAUCUUGAGAAGUCUUCUGGUGGCGGCGUCAUCAUAAACAUGUCCAGCUGCCGGGCGACCCAGCAGAGCAAGCAUGGUGAAGCCUACGCGGCCUCUAAGGCUGGGAUUGAAGGUCUCAGUAUGGCCAUGUCCGUGAGUUUAGGGCCAAAGGUUCGGGUGCAUGUGGUGAGCCCUGGCAUGGUAGAUGUGCGGUCGGAGCGGAAUGAGAGUCUGCUGCCGGAUGUGCAGACUUUACGAGGUGAUCUAGAUCGAGAUUUCCAAAGUGAAUAUGCGCCAGCUUGGGGCGCGGGUAAGAGCGGUGCGCUGAGCGAAGCGCACCCGGUGGGCAGGAUUGGGAGAGGUGAAGAUAUUGCGCGGUGGGUUGAAUUCUUGAGUGUUCUAGAAGGAGGAUUUACAACGGGUGGGGCAUAUUUGGUGGAUGGAGGUUAUUCAAAAGUGCUGUCUUACCCCAGCUAGUGAUUCAUGGUGGAGUUCGGUGGGAAGAGAAGACUAGAUAGUAUAAUUCUACGGCAUCGGGUUGUGUCACGCAAAGCUAACAUCUGUUUCGAGGUCUCCCACUGUUGCAAGGAAGCAGGCCACAUAGAUCUUAGUUUCUCGAGCAAAUCUGG